AUGCGCCCGGAGGAUCUUGGAAUUCCGGAGGAUGACGACGAUGGCGACGACGUGAAAGCUGACUUUGUUGACGAAAUGACCCCUGACGAAGACCCUGACUUUAACGAAGACCUCGACAGUAAAGUGGGAAUGUAUAAAAAAGAAAAUUUAGCCAGUGAGGACGACAACUUUAGUCAAAAGACUGAUGAAUACGUCUUAAAGCUUGAGAAAGAGGAUUCAGAAAAGUCUCGCAUGAUAGAAGAACUGAAAGAAAAAAUAGAAGCUCUGACACAAGACAGAGAAAAGAUGGAGCGAGCCACACGAGACUUGGAACGACUGCUCGAAGAGAAAGAGAUGAUGAUCUAUUUGAUGCCUGCCGAAAUGGACAUACUCAGAAAAGAAAUAGCGGCAAAGACGGAAGAGACCGAAAAGCUACGAAAGGAGAACGAGGAUAAAAACUCAACUAUAACCAUCCUGGAGAACACAGUCCUGAACAAGCAGAAGGAGGACUUGCAGAGACUCCGAGAAGAGAAUCGGAGGAAACAGAAGAACAUCGAGGUUCUUCAGAAGGAAAAUGAGCUAUGGAACAUAAAGAUUAAUGGCUUAGAAAAUGAAAUAGAAGAAUGCAAACUUCAGAAACAGAGGGCUGACGAAAAUUGGCAACAACUGCAACAAUGUAAAGCAGAAUUAGCCGAGAGAAAGGAGGAGCUCAAAGAGCUCAAAGAACAGAAUGUCCAAAAGGACAGAGAAAUCCUGAGACUAGGAGGUGAAUGCUCCCAGAUGCAAGAGGAUAUCAUCGGUCUCGUAAAAAUGGUUAAAAUUGUUGCCGCAGAAAAGGGAAAAGGAAAGGAGCUGAGUGAGAUGACGAGGAGGAAAGUCCAACUCGAAUUCGAACUCGCUGAGAUGAAGGAGGAACAGGAGACGAUUGAGUUUGAAAAGAUGGAGGCAAUCGUGGAAACUGAAAGACUCCAAGAAGAGAACGUUGCAAAGGAUCACAAGAUCAGAUCCUUAGAAGAGCAAUUCAGAUUUCUUAAAAUGAUGCCGAACGAACAGCCUGUAUUAAAAACGACAGGUGAAAUGAUCAAGUCUCUCGAUAAACCUCGAUGUCUAAGGAGGCCUCAGGUCAAUUGCAAAGCCCUCCACCGACGACUGGACAGCAUCGAGGAAGGAAUUAAUCAGGUCAGGGCAAUGGAACAGACUUCAGAUGACAACAAGAGAGAGACUAAAGCCCUCAGGAAGACUCCAUCUUCUAGGAAUCAAAAUAAGCAGCCACCAAUGAGCAGGGACGAAUUACAUCAAAAGAUGAGGCUGAAAUCUGCAGCAAACCUCCAAAGACUGGAGCGAGAUGCUGCAAUGGUCAAAAGCCUCUACAAGAUCAAUGCUGUCACUUAA